CAAACGCUCGUUAGAGAACAUGAGGUGGAAGUUUCAAAGUUAAAUGAAGAAGUGAUCAGACUGCAACAUGUGCUGGAAGAAUUAAAGAGCAUUCAUGGGGAUAUAGUUGGGAAGAUUGACAUUGGUGGAAAAUCUAGCAAGCAUGAAAACGUCUCGGAUGAUCCCAUUGAUAGGCAACGAAGGGAGAAAGUGAGAGAAGCAAUGCUUCAUGCAUGGAGUUCAUAUGAGAAGUAUGCUUGGGGCCAAGAUGAACUUCAGCCACAAACAAAGACUGGUGUCAAUAGCUUUGGUGGGCUUGGAGCAACUCUUAUAGACUCUCUUGAUACAUUAUAUAUAAUGGGUCUAGAUGAACAAUUCCAAAGAGCUAGAGAGUGGGUUGCGAACACAUUUGAUCCUAACAAAGAUUAUGACGCCAGUGUUUUUGAGACAACCAUAAGAGUUGUUGGUGGGCUUCUCAGUGCAUAUGAUCUUUCAGGGGACAGAGUUUUCCUUGAAAAGGCAAGAGAUAUUGCUGAUAGAUUAUUACCUGCUUGGGAUACUUCUAGUGGGAUCCCCUAUAAUAUUAUCAACUUGGCACAUGGAAAUCCUCAUAACCCUGGAUGGACUGGGGGUGAUAGUAUUCUGGCAGAUUCUGGUACUGAGCAGCUGGAAUUUAUUGCUCUUUCUCAAAGGACAGGGGACCCGAAGUAUCAGCAGAAGGUAUAUUUGUUUCAUUUUCGUUUUUUUGGGUCUCAUGGAAUGCAAGUUAUCAAUCUCAUGUUAUAUUUUCAAUAA